UAUACUGCAAAGAAAUUAGCAGAGUUGUUUCAGUCCAUUGGGAGUCUGUGGAAAGCUUGAGCCACAGACUGUGGGCUCAGGCAGGGACUGAACACAAAGAUGGCUUCCAAGAAGUUAAGUUCAUUGGAGUCUGUGCUGAUUGCACUCUUUGUUCUUAUGACUUGUGCUUGUAUUGGUCUAAUAGUGGUUUGCUUUCUUGAAAAACCUAAAUCAUCAGAGGCAGAAGGUUGUGGUACUAUUCAGCACCUAUCUGGAGCAUCAGGAAGCUUUGCAAGUUUGAACUAUCCCAGCAACUAUGAUGAUAGUAAAAACUGCAUGUGGGAGAUAACAGUGGAACAGAAUAAAGUUAUACAUUUGUGGUUUGCUGAGUUUCACCUGGAAGCUAGCACACUGUGCACUGCAGAUCAUGUUACUGUAGAGGAUGGAGCUGGAACACUGGGUACAUUCUGUGGGCAUUCAACCCCCAAGCCUCUUGUUUCGAUUGGAAAUAAACUGCUUAUAUCUUUUACAAGUAAUAGUAAAACAACAGACAAGGGAUUUAAGGCUCAGUAUGAAGCAGUAGAUCCAAGUAAAACUGCUGAAAUUAUUGGAGGAGGAGGACAUUUGCAGGGUAACACUGGGGACUUUGGAACACCUGACACAUCUGCUCGCGCAUACAAGAAUGAUGCCAUCUACCAGUGGAAAAUUUCAGUUGCUUCUGGCUACAAGAUAAAAUUGACCUUCACUUCAUUUGACCUAGAACCUGCUGGACCAGCUGGUUGCAAAGAUGUGGUUGAAGUUUAUGAUGGAGACACCAAAGGGUCACUCAAGCUAGGGCACUUUUGCGGAAGACAGAUUCCUGGACCAGUUUAUUCAUCUAGCCACAUACUAGUGGUUCGAUUCACAUCGGACAGUGAAGGCUCUGGAAAUGGUUUCCAUGCCACAUACAGUGCUUUCCAAGGAAAUAUACCUGCUACCACUGUGUCUCCUUCUUCCUCCACUACUACCACAACUACUACCUCCACUACUUCGCCGCCUUUCAUUGAUUCUGGAUGUGACAGCAACGCCCUGCAGCGUGGCCGCAAGGGUGUCAUUCAUUCUAAAAAUUAUCCUGACACCUACCCUGCAAAUCUUCAGUGCAAAUGGGACAUCACUGUUGCCGAGGGAUUUCUGGUCAAACUGGCAUUUACUGAGCUUGCUGUGGAUGGAGACUUGGGGUCAUGUAUAGACAAGAUAAAUAUAUCUGAUACCUCAGAUGUAAUAGGCAAUUACUGUGGGUAUCUAAAGCCUCCUGUGAUCAUCAGUUCAAGCAACAAGCUCUUUGCGACAUUUUCAACUGACGAUAUAAGAACAGACAAAGGGUUUGAAGCAAAAUGGGAAGCAGUUCACCCUGAAGAUAUUUUAGAAAUCCAGUCCUGUGGUGGGGGCUCUAAUGCGGAAACUGGUGUGAUCAAAUCACCAAACUGGCCUUAUAAUUAUAGACCCAACACUGCGUGCGUGUGGGUCAUAGAAGUGCCACAGGGGAAAAAAGUGCACCUGACAUUCACUGAUUUUGAUUUAGAAGAUGUAGACCUAAUGACCAGGGACUGUUAUGAUUAUGUUUCAGCUUUUGAAGAAAGGCCAGGACAAACAGUAACACAUGGUCGUUUCUGUGGAACCACUAUUCCUUCUACUAUCAUUACUCAGGGCAAUCGCAUUGCACUAAGAUUCCAAAGUGACCUAUUUACAGAAGGAAAAGGAUUCCGUGCAUACUGGACCACUGAUCCCUUGACACCAGCUCCUACUGAAGCCCCACCGCCCCCCAAUGCAUGGGAUGACAUACAGAUAGAAUGGCCAAAUACGUGUGGAAAGCCCACAUAUCCUCCCCAGAUCAAUACCAGAAUUGUCAAUGGUGAGCCUGCUGCACCCCACACCUGGCCAUGGCAAGUGUCUAUGCAGGUUUGGCCCAGUUCCCGCAAUGAGACAAUUUUCUUCCACACCUGCGGUGGGACUCUCAUCCACAAGAACUGGAUCCUCACAGCAGCCCACUGCUUUAUAAACUACGCAGAUGAACUUUAUCGCUGGCAAAUGUGUCUAGGAAAACACAACUUGACACUUGUGGAACCAACAGAGAAGUGCUUCAAAGUUCUUGGCAUUUAUCGUCAUGAAUUGUUUGUUUACCCUGAAAUCCCUGCAUUAGAAUUUGACGUUGCAUUGGUGAAAAUCGACGGGGAAGUAGCUGCAAGUGAUGUAAUUGACUUUGCUUGUCUGCCUCCCUAUGAUGAGGUUCUCAAUCCAAAUUACCGCUGCCAUGCAACUGGUUGGGGAGAUGAAACAGGAAAUUCUGCAGCACCUAAAGUAGCAGAAUCUUUAAACCAAGUUGUUUUACCAGUCAUUCCAUAUGAAACAUGCAAAACACCUCAAUACUGGUGGUUCCAGCUAAAGCAGUCCAUGAUCUGUGCAGGCUACAUACUUCCAGAUGAACUUAAAUCAGUGUGCCAGGGAGAUUCUGGAGGACCACUGGUCUGCCCUUCUACUUCUCAGUCUGGAAUCUGGGAGGUUCACGGAAUUACUAGCUUUGGACCUAUUGGCUGCAUUAUGGAUAAAAAGCCCAGUGUCUUCACACGUGCUUCUGCUCACCUUGAUUGGAUAGAUCAGAUCAUCAAAAAGGAUACGUAUGAUAUACACUCAUCUGGUUGUGGAAGUGCCAAGAAUUUAUAUGACCCAAAAGGACAUUUCACAUCUAUGAGAUACCCAUCUUCAUACAAAAGUGAUGCCACCUGCACAUGGAACAUUAUAGCUGAGGAGGGCAAAGUCAUUCAUUUGCAUUUUGAUGGAUUUGUGCUUGAGGAAAGUACCGGAUGCAUGAAUGACAAAGUUAUCAUUUCUGAUGAACUGAGUAGCCUUGGAACACACUGUGGAACUCUGCUGCCUUCAGAUCUUGUGAGUUUCCGUAACAGUAUAUCGGUCAACUUUCAAACCAACAGCAGGGUGGUAGAUAAAGGGUUUUCUAUCUCAUGGGAAGUUGUGUCUCCAGCUUCUAUUCCAAGUAUAGCACAGUGUGGAGGUCACUUUCUUGCCGACAAUGGAUUUUUCAUGUCAACCAACUGGCCAGAUGCUAACUACCCUGGUAGCAAAGCAUGCAUUUGGAAAAUUGCUGUUGAGGCAGGAAAACAAAUUAAUAUAGUCUUUACAGACUUUGAACUACAGCCAGCAAACUUAACAGGAAGUUGCCAUGACUAUGUGGAGAUUUUUGAUGGGGACAGAGCUGGCGCUGUAAAACUGGGACACUUCUGUGGAAAUCGCAAUCCAGGGAUAUUAAACACAACAGGAAACACAGCAGUCAUUAAAUUCAUCAGCAACCAUGAGAGGCACUUCAAAGGUUUCCGUGGCUAUUGGACAACUAAUAUAACUGAUGUUCCUAGCUUACCACUAAGACCUGACAAUCCAUGGAAUGAUAUUUUAAUAGAAUGGCCUACAAGCUGUAAUAGUAUAUCAUCCAGUAAAAUCAGUGGAACUUCAGGGCUACAUUCUUCACAAUGGCAUUUCUCUGUUCAAAGUCGAGCAAGGCCGUUCCUGCCAUUCCAGCAUACUUGUGCCGGCUCUCUUAUCCAUUCAGAGUGGCUUCUUCUGCCUGCUCACUGCAUUGAUGAGAGCCAGAAGUUGGAUUCCUGGCGAGUGUGCCUUGGGCAUGCACCUGAGAAGUGCUUCAGUACAGAUGCCAUUAUCAAGCAUGAGAACUUUGCCUUUCCACAGAACAAUGAUCAUUCUUAUGACAUAGCGCUGAUGCACAUUUCAGAGAAAGUGACUGAAGUACAACCAGCGUGCUUGCCUGCCUCUACAAAAUUCCUGCCAGCUGGGGAACUGUGCUACUGGGCAGGAUGGGCAGCUUCAAGCAAAGGUGGAGCAAAGUUUGCUAAUACUAAAGAGAAGUUUCAGGUUCCCAUACCAAUUCUCUCGUAUGAGACAUGUAGUCAACCCAAGUUUUGGUGGAGCCAACUGACAACUUCAAUGAUUUGUGCAGGAUUUGAAUCAGCAGAAAAGCUCAAAUCUGAAUGCAGGAAUGAAGCAGAAGGAGCAUUGUUCUGUAAAUCGAGCGCAGAUGCAGCAUGGGAAAUCCACGGUAUUGCAAGUUUUGGGCCCUCAGACUGUGUGGUGGAUAAGAAGCCACCUGUGUUCACUAGAGUGUCUGCCUACAAAGAUUGGAUUGAAAACGCAAUACAGAAAUACACCUAUGAAAAGAAUAUUUAAUAAAUUUGGACUGGAUUACCUACUUUAUGAAUGCAUAUAUAAUGAUUGCUAAUAAAAAUGGAAUUCACACAUAAAAAGCUUUCUUAUGUCA